AUGGCCACUCCCCCUGUUAUUAUGGUUCCCGACAGUAAGAAAGCGAAGUUUAUCCUCUUCACAUGUGCCUUCAUAGCAAUCAUGAACUCUACAACCCUGGGCUAUGAUUCUUCGAUGAUGAAUGGACUUCAAAUGUUGCCUGCGUACUCCAGCUACUUCCGCCUGACUACAGCGACUACUUCUUUAAACGUCGCCAUCGUCUUCGUUGGAGCUGUCAUUGCAACUCCGAUCGCCGGCCCUCUAACCAAUAGAUGGGGUCGUAAAUGGGGCCUUGUGGCAACUUCAGCGAUCGCUGUCGUUGGAGGCGUUAUUCAAGCCGUUUCCGUCCAUGAAGCCAUGUUCUGCAUCGGCAGGCUUAUUAUAGGUAUCUCAAUCAAUAUAGGAGCUGUGGCUACACCGGCAUACCUUGCAGAAGUAGCUCAUCCACGCAACCGCGAGAUGCUCGUCGGGCUCUGGGGGUCUGCCUAUUAUGUCGGGAGCAUUCUCGCUGCAUCAGUCACGUUUGGCAGUCAAUACCUCAACUCUACCUGGGCAUGGAGAUUGCCAUCCCUGCUCCAAGUCCUACCUUCAGUCCUGUGCGUUAUGCCAUUGGCAUUUAUGCCUGAAUCUCCUCGAUGGUUGAUCUACCAAGACCGUCAUGAAGAAGCUAAGAUGAUGAUGAUCAAAUAUCAUGGAGCAGGUGACCCCAACUCCCCUAUCGUCACCAUAGAAUACGAAAAGAUUUGCCGAACACUCUUGCAUGAAAAAGAGACACAAAAGAUCGGGUUCAAAGCCCUCGUAUCAACAAGACCCAAUCGCUGGAGAUUCGGUCUUGUCGCGGCCACGGCUAUCUUCUGCCAGCUUAGUGGGAACAACAUCAUUACUUAUUAUCUAGGCAACACUCUGACCACGGUUGGCAUCACAGAAGUACAGACGCAGCUCGGUAUCAAUAUUGGUAUCAGUAGCUUUAGUCUAGUCGUCUCCGUGCUUGGAAGUUUCUAUACUACAAAAAUUGGCCGUCGCCCUUCCUUCUUGGUCUCCACCGCUCUAAUGGGCAUUACCCUUGUUGUCUACGCCAUUCUCACAAAAAUAUAUAUUGGUAGAGACGAUUCAGGAGCAUCUAACAGUUUAGUGUUCCUGAUCUUCCUCUAUUUCGGAAUAUACUCAUUUGUGUGGACGCCUCUUUCCGCGCUCUAUCCAGUGGAGGUGCUCCACUACUCGACUCGUGCGCACGGAUUGGCAGUCUUUAGCUGCAUCGUCUACCUUACGGCCUUUUUCAACACAUACAUAAUACCCUUCGCGAUGAGAAUCACCUGGGGGUUCUACCUGAUCACUGCUUUGUGGUGCUUCGUUGAAUGUGUGGUGAUUUAUUUCUAUUUUCCAGAGACAAGGGGUAUAUCCAUGGAGGAAAUUGAUGUUGUAUUUGACAGGGUCAUGGUUACUGAUGGGGUAGAAAUGGUCACAAAAGCGGAUGUGGAAAACUGA